AUGGAGUCGCCCCCUUCCAAAUGGCGAUUUCAGCCUCAGGAUGAUUUACAGUUCUUGGAAAGCAAGUUUGACCAAGUCCCGCCCUUUUUAUUUCGAACAUAUUUCCUCGCUCCGCAUAGCAAAAGCUCGCACAAUUUCGUCCGCUCGGCAGCGAUAUGGAACGGACGCAACGAUGGAGACCUGCUCGGCCGUGACAGGGAGAUGGCCAAGUGUAUGCUCGAAAAGCAUCUUCUGCAGCGAGAGUCGACGGAGAAUAAUCUCAUAUCGUGGACGGGUUCGAUUGUUGUCGCGAUAGACCAGGCGAUUUGCAAACUUCGGUCGGAUGUCCUGGUGGCAGGCGCCAAUAUCAGGAUUUGCGUUUUGGAUACCCGUCGUGUUGAUCGUGGUAUAUUCUUGCCAGCAAGUGCCCUUAUGGACGCCCUACUUGUACCAAACGAGGGUUAUUUUAAACGUCAGAACUAUGAUAGCGAGUAUGUGUCGCAGGGGGAACUCGAUGUCCGCGGCAAGUCGUCGGCGACGUCUCUACACGCACUGCUUGAGAGGGGCUUAUUCAAGGCUUUUCCGCCAUUUAAUCUUCAUGAAAAAUCAUCGAAGAAGUCGUCAUGCAUUAGAGCUCGAGAGCUAUACAAGGCCUUUCAGGAAACAGACUGGUUAUGCGAAUACCCGGUUCAGCAUAUCCAUUGGGCGAAGAAAAUGGCCUCUAGCCUCUUUAGUGCCGAAUGGGCGCAAGAAGCUAUUCAACAAGCAUUUCUUUCUUUAAUGCCAUAUUACAAUCAAAAUGAGCGCCGUGAGGACACCAAAAUACCCUACUUUUGGAACCUCGGGCGUUGUCAGUUUUAUCAGCCGUCUUCAUCUUCACCUAGUGAGAAAGAGGAGCGUGUACAGAGUUCUAGAAUCAGCCCUGACGGCGAGUGGAUUGUUACAACAUACAAAACUUUCCUCGUACUUAUAAAGGCAUUCCCAGCACCGCUGAAUGGCCACGCAAAGACGAUUCGAGUGUGCUUGCAAUCUUCACAUAUUGAGAUUAUCAACGAUUUCAACAACGGUGCCCCCAUAGAGCUUGACGAUGCUCGCUUUAGCACCGUUGAAGAGGACCUGUUUAUCGUCGCACAAAGUGGGAGAUGCCUUAUCAUGUGGGAAAUGAUGAGUGUUAUAGAAGAUGGAGUGGGCUUUUGCCUCAUUACGCAUUGCUUAGAUGAGCAGGUUGCACAUCGGGAGUUCGAAUUGCUGUGCUCAUAG